GGAGAGAAAGAGAGAGAGAGAAGUGUGGAGAGAGAGAGUGUGGUGUGUGGAGAGAAAGAGAGAGAGAGAAGUGUGUGGAGAGAGAGAGAGAACAGUGUGUAGAGAGAGCAGUGUGUCGAGAGAGAGGGAGCAAGAGAGAGUGGGAGAGAGAGAGCGAGAGAGCGAGAGAGAGAGACGUGUGUGGAGAGAAAGAGAGAGAGCAAGAGAGAGUGGGAGAGAGCAAAGUGUGUAGAGAGAGAGAGAGCGCGAGAGAGAGAGAGAGAGCGCGAGAGAGAGAGAGAGAGAGAGAGAGAGAGACAGAGAGAGAGAGAGAGAGAGAGAGAGAGAGAGAGAGAGAGACGUGUGUGGAGAGAAAGAGAGAGAGAGCAGUGUGUCGAGAGAAAGAGAGUGAGAGACGAAGGAGGGGGACACAGACCACUGUUAGAGGAGGGUGCCGGCUGUGAACAGUAACGGCUGCAGACAAGACACGGCGAUAGAGAGACGGACUCCAGCGCUGCACACACACACACACAAACACGCAUAAAGAGUGUGUGAGACAUGCCCAGGCUGCUGCCCAUGGACACACACACACACAACCUGGCAGGGCAUCCGAGAGGACAUACAGACCCCUAUGUCUAAGGAGUCAUGGAGAGCAGCAUGUUUUUCGGUAAUGCAUGUCAAAAUGGCCUCCUGCCGACGCUGAUACGUCCUGCUCUGCCCACCAUCCAGCAGUCUCUGGGCAUGAAGCAGUUCCAGCUCCCGUUUCCCCUGGAUACGGCCUCAGCAGUCAGCCUUUUCCCCGGCUUCGGCACGAUGGACCCAGUUCAGAAGGCUGUUAUGCAUCACACUUUUGGAGUUCCUCCCUUGACGAAGAGAAGACACGUCUCGUGCAGCGUGUGCCAACUGAGAUUCAACUCACAGAGCCAAGCCUUAGCCCACUACAAAGGAACAAAACACGCCAAGAAGCUGAAAUCUCUGGACACUACCAAAUGUAAGCUCCGAGGUUCAGUGGUCACCAAGGAAACCACCAACCAUGAAACCCCUAAGAGCAUCAACCCUCCAGCAAUGUGCUACGGCACUGACAGGAAAGAUGGCUUUCCAGGUGCAUCGCCGCUACCACUAUCUCCUGUGCUCACACUGGCUCCAACCCUGGGAUCCCUGGCAUCAACCCUGGCACCCAUGACAUCAAUGUUACCACCCCUGGCACCUACGCUGGCAUCGAGUCCCAACUCAUCCACAGGGACAGAGACUACCUCAGCUACAGGAUGGGACGACAGGGCCUCGCCCAAACCCAGCUCACCUAUAGAACCAGACAUGGAGGAGGAGCAAGAGGCUGAGACAGACCCGGAGACGGAGGAAGAGAAAGCCAGGCGUCUGCUCUACUGCUCGCUCUGCAAGAUGGCCGUCAACUCGGCAUCCCAACUGGAGGCUCAUAACAGUGGUACGAAGCACAAGACCAUGCUAGAGGCCAGGAGUGGUGUGGGCUCCAUCAAGUCCUUCCCCCGGCCAGGGGUCAAGAGUAAUCUAGCUCCGCCCACCAAGGCAGCCACGGGCCUGCAGAACAAAACAUUUCACUGUGAGAUCUGCGAUGUCCACGUCAACUCUGAGACACAGCUAAAACAGCACAUCAGCAGCAGACGUCACAAAGACCGAGCGGCAGGCAAACCGGCCAAACCCAAAUACAGUCCCUACAGUAAACUCCCGAAAGGCCAGGCCACACAACCAGUGAAGCUGACAGUGGGGAAGGAGUUGUGCCAACCUCAGAUAACCCAGAUAAUGCCCGCUCACCUGGCAGCAUUGGCAUCAGCAGCAGCAGCUAUGGGCUCGGCCUUCCCCGGCCUCCGCUCCACCCACGCUCCCUCCCAUGGCCCCACCCUUUUUCAGACACAGACCCUCCCUGCUGCCCUGCUCCGCCCCGCCCCCGGGCCUGUCAGGACCUCCCAUACACAGUUACUGUUUGCCCCCUACUGACUCACAACCCCACCCUAUAGACUCUAUGGACUUCCCAUGACGGCCGUGCCACGGAAGUUGUUAUGAACCAGAGUCCCCUUCCCUCUGCUUAUCCCUCUAUACAUUUGGACCACAGGCCACCUUCACCAGAAUAUGGGGAUAAUAGGCACAGAGGAAUAGUUUAACCCAUACUGCCAGAUAAACCCUACUGGGCUGACCAGACCUCCCGUUAUGGAUUUCCCAAAGAACCCAUCAAUGACCCAGAAUUGAUCAGCGUCCCCCUUCCCUCUGCUGUUCCCCCUACAUUCAGAGAAGAACCACACCGGCUCAAAUAAACAGAUGGCCGCGGUGUGUUAGCGAUCACCUGCUGGGUGUGAACGAUCCAACAUGUAGAAUCGUGGGGAAAUAAUAGCCGAUGUUCUGGUCAGAGGCGAUAGGACGGCCACCCACGGCUUUUAACUGUUCGUCGUCCUGGUGUGUAUCCUCUGAGGACUACCAUCUUCACCAAAACAUGUGGACUACAGACAACCUGAAGCAUUACAUCUGGACUACUGCCCACUCUAUUCCAUUUGGAUUACUACUGCUCUACAGCAUUAACCCUGCAUCUCCUGUUUAACUGGACUACAGGCCGGUCUCAUCAUUACUGUAGGACCACCCUGUCGAAUCUACUCGCCCAUCUUCACUGAGUCAUUGACUUAUCACAAUUCCCUCCUAUAGUAGCUAAUACUUAGUAGUACCCACACAGCCACCCACGUUCCUGUGCCAUUCUCUUACCCAUGAAUCAUACCCAAGAACAGGACUUGGAGUUAUAUUGUACUGCAAUAAUGUAUAAGACAAACCGGUGAACUAUGCAGUGUCAUUUCUGUCUAAUACAAGGCACCGUUUGAGCUAUAAUUGUGCUAUAGGGAUAUCAUAUUUGUAAAGAUAGUGGCACACUAAGAUCAUUGCUUCAGUGGAGGUAGCUAUCACUCAUGUUUGUAAAAAAGACUGGUAAGGAUCUCCUCUUUUGCUGUUUGCACUUUAAGUCCCCUCUCUGUUGAUGUCUACAGUGCAUUAGAUGGCUAGAGUAUGUGUUGUAGUUUCUAUUGCAUUACGUGUAUGUGUCUGUUAGUGUGUAAGUGUUUUGUUUCUUUGUGUGUGUGCGCGUAUGUGUGUGAGUGUAUAUGGGUGUUUGUGUGUGACCUUGCCCUCCACCUUAAAGCCAUCCCAGCUGACACCCAAUAACCAUUCUGAAUGACCACGUCAUGGGCUCAAGGGACCACUAAGGCUUGUGUAUAAUAUCUGUUAAUGUGUAAAAGAUGAACAAUUUCAAAUAAAAGAGUCUUACUUUGUU